UUUUCUUGCCUUUUUCCCCCGGUAACUAUCACAACGUACAAUUUUCAUUAUCAACGACAACACCUUACUCGGGUCACCUUACCCGUCAUCCGUGGGCGAUCCCGAGAGAAGUAAAUUUAUACGCCGCCUCAUGUUUUCUCGUCAUAGAUUACAGUACCCCCACUCGCAGCUUCCCGUGUUCGGCUAAGGUUUUCACACAAGUUUCCGGCGUGGAGGUUUCCUCUUAAUUCACCGAACCGUGAAUAUCGAACGGGUUCUAGCGGCUGGAAGGAAGACUAGUGGGCGGUGGUGGUAAGGUAUAUAAUAGCCCAUCACGGUGAUUAUAAUUGCACAGGCGGUAAGACGCUUCACCAGUCCUGUUCCCGGUCCGCGGUGCAGUCGGUACUGUUGCGUCACCGCGCAGAGCGUUCAGCUGCGGUCCCCACACGGUGAUCUUACAAGGCUGCCGUCUUCGGAAGCUGUCAAAUAGAAUUAGACAGCAAGGACGGCGUGACUGUCUCUCACAAAGAUGGCCACAGCCAGCCCGCAGGACAAGCAGUGUGAAGACUGGGGAUACACAGGAGCCAGUCUAUCCGAAUGGGGACUCAACUGGCCAUAUGCGAACGGCGACCAACAAUCUCCGGUCAACAUCAAUUCCCGGACGGCAACCUUUGACGAGACGCUUGCGGAGCGCCCCCUGCUGAUUAGCUACUGCCUCUGCAGGGAAUGGGAACUAAGCAACGAUGGGCACGCCGUCCAAGUGGUACCCAAACCAAAGACCGCGACAUUUGAAAGCAGCGCCGCCUUCCGAGACAGUAGAUCGGAGCAGGUCCUUAAGUUAGUCACCUCAGGCGGACCACUUCCGGAAGGGCAUGAGUUCGAGCUUUGUCACCUUCGGUUUCACUGGGGACGAGAGGACGACCGUGGGUCUGAGCAUACCGUAAACUUUAAGGCAUUUCCGAUGGAGCUUCACCUUUUACACUGGAACACGAGUUUAUAUUCCAACUUGGCAGACGCGAUGGGCAAACGCGAUGGGAUAGUUAUCAUGUCCGUCAUUGUUCAGAUUGGCAGAGAAAACGCGGGAGUUAAGAAUUUUACGGAUCAUUUAGAAGACAUUCAAUACAAGGGGAAGUCCAAAACUAUUACCACAGCCUUUAAUCCUGCCGCCUUUCUACCCGAUCCUGCGCUGAGGGAAUACUGGACCUACGAAGGGUCUCUGACGUCACCGCCAUGCUACGAAAAUGUUCAGUGGAUCAUAUUUCGUUACCCGCUCACAAUUUCUCACGUACAGAUGGAGGAGUUCCGCCGGCUACGGUGCCACGCCAAGGGCCAGCCCCCGCCUCCGGGAGAAGAAGGUAUGCUGUGUGACAACUUCAGACCGACGCAGCCGAUCAAGAGCAGGGUCAUCCGAGCGUCCUUCCAGUGACAGGUGUCAGACCUGGUCUUCGUAGGGACUUCGCUAGAUGGCGCUUUCGUACCACCGUCAUCAUUACACAUUACUCAGCUGGAAAAUGGUUCAAACUUCAAACGGAAUCCAUAUCGCUACAUAAUAUAUAUUUACCCCCCCCCCCCCCCAACACUGCAGGUGCAAAAUAAAAUGAGAGCAUUGUAUGUGCUAUUUGUGGUGUAUACUAGUAUUGGUGAAUGCAUGGGUCAGUUAAUCACUAGUACUCAAGAACAAACAAUACAAUCUAUGUUUGAACAAUGAGACUCAAUCGCUACGUGAAAUAUUCUAUUAUAUAGUGUUGAAGUAAUUCCAUUUGUAUAUGUACAUUUUCUCUGACACAACAAUUGUGCAAUGUUGACCAUGCUGAUACUUGUACGUUUAUGCUUAUGAUGUGGUAUUGACCAAGUCAGUUGGAGUGGCUACUGCGUCUCUGUCAGACUUUAAAAAACAUUAAACAAAUACGCUUGGAGAUAGUUGGCAACAAUUAACAAGCUGUCUGAUUAACAAAUGUAUAUAUUGAGAAGGUAAGCUAUACGGAAAACAAAAUGCUGCUCUUCAACCGAGCUUGCAGGUGCAGUACGAACAGGAACCACAAGAUGUCUCCCCAUAUCCAUCUCCAGCCUUUCUCCGACCACUUAAAC